GCGACCUAGCGGAAUCAGGACGCUGUGAGUCAAAAAAAAACGGUGUGAACGGCGCCUUUGCUGCCUGCGACAAGCUGACUCUUCGUGCCCUGGACGAAUUGGUUUGGUCAGCCGCCUUCUUGAUGCGCAGCGUUAUGCAACGGGGUGAAGUCAGAGUCAAGUUGUCUUCAGGGGGUGAAGUGGUUGGCCCUCUGAACGAUUUCUGGAAGGCCGAUCCGGAACGGAGCCGACCACUCUUGAAGACGGUUGAUUUAAAGUCUGCUUAUAAGCAGCUGGCAGUUCACCCAGACCAUCAAGCCGCUUGCGUGGUGACCAUCAAAGAUCCUUGUUCAUCCGAAGUCAGGGGGUACAUCUCCCGCGUGCUGCCCUUCGGGGCCGGGGCAAGCGUGACGGCGUUCAAUCGCGUGGCCAGGUUGAUUCAGCGCAUCUUGCAGGAAGCGAGAGCUAUCAAUUUCAACUACUUCGACGACUACCCGUUACUUGAGCUUAGCGCCCUCAGAGGCAGCUGUGACAAGGUCGUGCAUUCGGUUCUCUCCUUAUUGGGGUUUGAGUGCGCCCUUGAGAAAGAGCAGCAGUUUGGUCAUAGCGCCGAUCUUCUAGGGGUUACGGUUGACUUGUCUGAUCCCUCGCUGGGUAAAGUGUGCGUCGCCAACAAGGUCGACAGGUGUGCCGAAGUCAGUGCGGCGGUUGGUGAGGUCAUCCGGAGAGGCUCCUUGAAGGCGCGUGAAGUUGCUUCACUUUUCGGGAGGAUCCAGUUCAUGGAGGGUCAGAUCAUGGGCCGGCUUGGUCGCCUUGCGCUCAUGGAGCUGCGGGCCUUGUGUGAUUCGUGUGGGAACCUCACCUUGGGGGAAGUCGAGGUUGCUGCCUUCCGAAAUCUUCAAAUCAGAAUGCAGUCACGGACCAUCAGCGCUGCGCUUCCAGACGGAUGCAUUUGUGUGUUCACCGACGGGGCUUGCGAGGGCCCAGAGGAUUCUCCUGUGUGCAGCAUCGGUGGUGUCAUGUACCAUCAGGUGGGUGGUCAUUGGUGCGCACGCUUUUUCAGUUGCAGCGCCCCGGCCAACAUCAUCAAAAGAUGGAGUGAAGCAGGCAAAAAGCAUCUCAUAGGUCCGGUGGAGUUGUACGCUGUGGUGUGCGCGCGCAGAGUUUGGAGCCACUAUCUCAAUCGUGAGAGGGUCCUGUUCUUCGUAGACCACAGUGGAGUUCAUGCCGCGUGCGUGAGUGGGACGUCAAAGGAUCCCAUAUGGAGAUCCCUGUUGGUUGAGCUUGAAUGUGCAGACGCCGAUGCAAUGAUGGGGUGGAUUGCCAGGGUCCCCUCACCGAGUAAUCCAGCAGAUGCUCCUUCUCGUGGCAGUGCCGAUUUCCCCAUUUUUGGGACUUUGCUGCUUCACCGGAGAAGCAUUGAGCCCGCUUGA